AUGACUGUUGUUGUACAAACACGUGAUCGUUGUCGUAUUUGUUUUUCAUUACUUUUACGUGAUCGUUCAAUAUGUUGUCAAAAAUCUUAUGAUUUAUUUAAAAAUAUUGAACGUCAAAAAAUUCCAUUAAAUAAAUUAAAUCCAUAUCAAAUUAAAAUACGAAAUCAAACAGUUUGUUUUCGAGAUUUAAUUAUACGUUAUUUACAUACACAAAUACAUCAAACAAGAAAUUUUUCAAAUUUUAUAUGUUAUGAUUAUUCAAUGAUAUUAUUAGAUAUUGAACAAUGUGCAAAAUAUUUACGUAAAACAAUAAAUCAAUUAAAAAUUAAAUUAAAUAAAUCAAAUCGUCUUCGAACAUCAUCAUUAUCAGCAACAUAUCAAAAGAAAAGACAACAACAACAAACAACAAUUAUUAAAGAAGAAGAAGAACAAUUACCUAUUAUAAAUUCAGAUUCUGAUGAAGAAUCUGAUGAUAUUGACGAUGAAGAGGAGUUCGAUGAUGAGCAAGAUGAUAUUAAACCAAAUGUAUCAACUAAUAUAAAAUCUUCAAAUCAAUCAAAAUCUCUUCAUUUUACACCAUCAUCAUUAUUAUCAUCAUCCGGUAGUAAUUCUUCAUCAAGUAUUUCAACAUCAAAAAUAAAUUCAACUAAUAAAAAUACUAAUAAUGGUCAGUGCAAUGAUAAUAAUAAUAAUGUUGAUGAUGGUGAAGAUGAUGAUGAAAUUGGUUUAAUAAAAAAUUCAUCAUCAGAAAAAUUUCAACAAAAAAAUUUACAUGUACAAACAAAUCCUCCAAAUAUAUUAUCCGGUUCAAAUAGUUUAAUAACAACAGGUAAUACAAUGAAUUUACUUGAAGAAACAAAUCCAAAUCUAUUUCAAUUACGUCUUGCUCAUAUGAUGACAUCUAUGGCUUCUAUAAUAAACUUAUUAAACAAAUUCAAUUUGAAAGAAAUAAUUUAG